AUGGAGACAGCAACACUCCUGCCUUCUCAAUUUAGGAGAAGCACCGGCUGGGGUUCUGUUAUGUCCUGCUUCACCCAGGUCUGGCACACCGAAGUGCCAGAAUCUCCACCCUCCACUCCCCAAAGUCCCAUCCCGGCGGCCCCCCACGAGAGACCCAUCCCGCUCAUUCCGAUUGUCAUCACCUCUCCCUCUGAGGAAAACAGACCCGCCGUGUGUUCGCCCGUGGGGUCUCCGGUGGGCUCUCCCGUGGAUGGGAAGACCAGACUGGGCUCUCCGACGGACCGGCCCACCUCGCCGAUCGAAUGCUCCAUCUGCUUCAACACCUACGACAACCUCUUCAAGACGCCCAAGGUCCUUCACUGCCAUCACACCUUCUGCUUGGAGUGUUUGGCCCGGCUGACGGCCGCCCUGCCACCCAACCGGGUGGAGGACCAGCUUCCCUGCCCCUUCUGCCGACAGUUGACCGAAAUCCCGCUUGAAGGGGCUCCGGGGCUCCAGACGAGCAAAGAGUUGAUGGCCACGCUGCCCGCCGAGCUGCAGAAGGAGAAGAACCUCUGGAUGGAAGGGACCAAGCUGUGCUGCAGACAGUCCUCCGAUCCGGAGAACGCCCACACCUACGUCGCCAUCGACAUUGCCCCCAGCAAGCCCGAGGUCCCCGAGACGCCCACAGAGGGGGUCAUGGGACGCCUCUCCCGCUGCUCGAUUUGCGACGACUGGAAACGGGUCCUCCUGCUUUCCGUGUUGAUCGUCAUUCUCUUCUGCAUCAUCCUGUGGCCGGUCCAGUGUAUCGUCAAGACGGGGAACUUGAAGUGCCUCAACAAAUUCACGCUCCCCCGGCCAAACUACGUGCCUUACCAUCUCACCACCCCAGCCCCCGUGCUGGACCUCACCAAAUUCAUGGAGUGA